AUGGGAGGAAAGAACAGCCGAGGGGGAGGGUGGAGUCCUUUUGGUUUCCCGGACUUCUCUGUGCUCUAUUGCUGUCAGAAGAAGAGUCACCAAGAGACGCCCUUGGGUUUCUGCAGUAUCAAGGACCGGAGAAGCCAGCUGUGCUUUGGGACUCAGGAUCCUGCUUACUUAGACGUGGCAUAUUUUCCUGACAAUGAUCUGCACAUGGCGGCCUGUGCGGGAGAUUUACCUUUUGUGCGGCUGUACUUCAAUCUGGGUAAAUACGAAAUCAAUCACAGAGACAAGGAGAAUAGGACUGCCAUGCACUUUGCCUGCUUCUAUGGACAUCUAGAUAUGGUGAGGUAUCUCUGGAGGCGUGGCUGUGAGAUUAAUGCGCGUGACAACCGUAACAUCACACCGCUGAUGAAGGCCGUCCAAAGCUGGGAAGAAGAAAUCGUGCAUUUUCUGCUGGAUCAUCACGCUAACCCGCACAUUAAAGACCACAGGGGCAACACUGCUCUUCACUAUGCAGUCUAUGCCGGGAAUUCAGCAACAGCUGCCAGGCUGCUCAAAUAUGGAGCAGACAUUGAGGAAAGAACGAAAGAUAACCUCACACCACUAUUGCUUGCUCUCAGGGAAAACAGACUGAUGAUGGCGCAAUUUUUAGUAAAGAUGGAAGCAAGUGUACAUGCAGUUGACUCUCACAGGAGAAAUUCUCUCAUGUAUGCUGUAAGAUGUGAUUCACCAGCUAUGGUCAACCUUAUUCUACAACAAGGCGUUGACACGAAUUUCAAAGAUUUAUUUGGAUGGACUGCUUCACGCUAUGCUACUGAAGGCGAUCGUGAAGUAUAUAAGAACCUGUGUAGAAUGUUGAAGAAAGACACAGAUGCACAUGAAAAUGGAGAGUGCACCAGUGGGAGCUCUUCAAGUACAAAUCACUGUGAAAUGGAUGCAAUAUUUUCAAUAAGAUGCAAGAAACAAGCUGCCCUUGAUAAAGAGAAAGAGAAGCUAAGACAGGAUUAUCUCACGUCAAUGAGAGUGAAUAUGGAGAACAGAAUGAAUGAAAUGGAAGCUGAGAUGCUGCAACUAGAAUCUCACAGGAACUCUACUAAAAUACAACUGGAAGCAUAUAAGCAGAUAUAUGAAGACAAAGUGAGAAGAGGAGAAGCCCUGAAAGAUGAACUUGACAGGCAAGUCAGAGCAUGGACUCCUAGAAACACAGGAGAUGAGGACUCCAAGAUGGCAGUGAGCGGUGUGGACCGUGUUUAG